AUGGCUGCCCGCAGACACUCACCUCGCCCCCCGCCGCUGCUUGCUGUGCUCGCAUGCGUGCCCGGUGCAGAGGGCGGCACUGCCAGGGUCGCCGAGACGCUCAAGGGGCUGCCCAUCGCACUGUUUGGCCGCUCCACCUGCCCCUACUGCAUCGAGGCGCAGAGCACGCUGGAGUCUGCUGCGGCCGGCCUGGCGAACAGCCCCGUCAGCGUCGUGUGGUACGACAAGCUGCCUCAGGGCGGCGCCGCUUGGGAUGCGCUCAAGGCGGAGACGGGGCAGAAGACGGUACCAUAUGUGUUUGUGAACGGCGAGUUCCUGGGUGGCUGCGACGACAUCAAGAGGCUGGAGGUGAGGGGCUGA